AGCCCUCUCUAGGGUGUCCCUAAGCAGAGAAGUGGACCUCUUGGGAACUGGGAAGAAGCCAUUUCUAACCGAGACACUCUCCUGCCGAUUAGCGGAGAGGGUGGAGCCAGCAGCCCAAAGAGCCUCCUUGGCCCCGCCCUUGCUUCAGGUAAGCCGCCCUCCCCCUCGGUCCCCAAAAACAGUCUCCAAGCCUUAGUUCAGAUUGGAUGCUGUUCUAACCAACUUCGCUCUUAAUGCGCGGUUGGUUCAGGUGUCCGCUCUGGGGCGGGGCUCUUCUCGAGGUAAUUCUGGACUGAGCGUUCCUUCUCAUUCGUGUCAUAGGUGUCCCCUCCCGAGGCCAGGGGGCGGGUGAAGUUUGGCAGCAGAGUAACUGGGAGAUUCCCGGGCUUUGAGAGUGGGUGAGGGGGCCGGGCCAGGCGUGGCUGGGCGUGAAGGGACGGGACAAAGCCAGGCAGGACAAGACAGGAGCCCAGAGGAGAUGAGAGGAAGUCCGGAACUGAGAUUAGGGAAAUCCGAGGCUUGGUGGUAACAGAAAACAAAUCGAAAAAAUAAUCCAUCAAGCAGACAAAAAAAGCCUAAACGGGCGGCCUGGGACAAAAGAACUAGGGAAAGGGUCUGGUCCGGUCCAGUGUUAGACUGAACAAUGUUUUCCCGGAAUCACCGGAGUCGGGUCACUGUAGCCCGGGGUUCUGCCCUGGAGAUGGAGUUCAAACGCGGCCGCUUUCGCCUCAGCCUAUUCUGCGACACCCCAGAGGAUACAGAGCUGCAGCGGAAGCUGGACCACGAGAUCCGGAUGAGAGAAGGGGCCUGCAAGCUGCUGGCUGCCUGCUCCCAACGGGAACAAGCCUUAGAGGCAACCAAAAGCUUGCUGGUCUGCAGCAGCCGAAUCCUCAGCUACAUGGGGGAACUGCAGCGUCGAAAGGAAGCCCAGGUGCUGGGGAGGACAGCAAGGCGGCCUUCAGACACUGGGCCCCCCGACGAACGCUCCCCAUGUCGAGGCACGAUUUGUAUCUCUGAUAUCCGAAUCCCCCUCAUGUGGAAGGACACAGAAUAUUUCAAGAACAAGGGAGACCUACAUCGAUGGGCCGUAUUCUUGUUGCUGCAGCUGGGAGGGAACAUUCAGGACACAGAGAUGGUCCUGGUAGACAGGACCUUAACCGACAUCUCCUUUCAGAGCAGUGUUCUUUUUACUGAGGCAGGACCAGACUUUGAGCUGCGGUUGGAGUUAUAUGGGGCCUGUGUAGAAGAGGAGGGAGCCCUGGCUGGGGCCCCCCGGAGACUGGCCACCAAGCUCAGUAAUUCUCUGGGCCGAUCCUCAGGAAGGCGUGUUAGGGCUUCAUUGGAGAGUGCAGGAGGCUCUGGAGGUAGCAGUGCGGCCAGCCCCAUCCUGCUCCCCACUCCAGCUGUGGGGGGUCCCCGAUACCACCUCCUGGCCCAGACCACCCUGACUCUGGCUUCGGUACAGGACGGCUUCCGCACCCAUGACCUCACCCUCACUAGUAAUGAGGAAAGCCCAGCCUGGCUGCCCCUGUACGGCAGCGUGUGUUGUCGUCUGGCAGCUCAGCCCCUCUGCAUGACCCAGCCUGUCAUGAGUGGUACCCUCAGGGUACAGAGCUGGGGCCAGGUACAUGGCAUCCUGAAAGGAACAAACCUUUUCUGUUAUCGACAUCCUGGGGAAGCCAGUGCUCAGGAAGAUCCAUUGUUCACCAUUGCAAUCAACAAGGAGACUCGGGUCCGGGCUGGGGAGCGGGACCAGCCCCGGGGGGCACCCCUCACCCUCAGCAUUAGUAACCGGUACGGGGGGGAUGAAGUGACCCACAUGUUGCAGAUGGAAAGCCGGGGGGCCCUACAGCGAUGGAUGGAGGCCCUAUGGCAGCUUUUCUUUGACAUGAGCCAAUGGAAGCAAUGCUGUGAUGAGCUCAUGAAGAUAGAAGUCCCUCCCCCACGAAAGCCACCCCCUGUGCUGGCCAAGCAAGGCUCACUCUACCACGAGAUGGCUAUUGAACCUCUAGAUGACAUCGCAGCAGUGACGGACAUCCUGGCCAAGCGUGAGGGGCCCCCCCUGGAUGUCCCCCCGCCCUGGCUGGCAUUAUUUACUGAGAAGCUGUCCACCUCAAAGCUUCCAAUCCACGCACCCCGAAGCCCUUCUCCACCCCGGGCCUGCCCAGGCCCCCGAGCCACCCCCUGGGGCCGGCCCCGUACCCUCUCCCUGGACGCUGUUCCCCGAGGCCGGCCCCCUCUUCCUCCCCGCUCCAGCUCCAGUUCCAGCUCGGGCUCUGGAAGCCCUGCCCCCCGACAGCGGUCCCCACCAGGCCGGGGUUUCCGGGCAAAAGCCCGCCCCUGGCUCCAGUCACCUGUGUGAGGGGUUGUAGGAGGGGGUGCUACUGGAAACAGGGUAAUGCUGGAAGAGGAAAUGCCUUCUGAUGUCACUCAAAGGAGUGAUGUCAGGGCAGGGUCAGUGGUGCCACUGAUGAGGGUCUUGGGAUGGCCACCUUGAUGCCUGGCUCCCUUGGUGGGAGUGCAAACCCCUCCCUAACUGUGGGGCCACCACAAGGGGACCUUGUCCACAGCUGGCUGGUGGACCCCGGCCACUUCCUGAGAGAAAACUGGAACACCCCCAGCCCAACUGCACUAUCCCCCCUUGGGCAAAAGUGAAGCCGGCAGCCCUUCAGGUUCUGGAAGGAAGGAGCAAUAGCUCCAGAAAGGGCUCCUGCCCCCAUCGCUCGCCCCAACUCGGUCAUUAAAGUCUAUUUAAUAUCGUGGA